AUGGCCAUUAAUCCGUGGGCCGGCUGCAAUUUCGACAUUGACCCCAAUGUGUCAUGCACUCUGGAAACGUGCUGUCUCGCUCAAUCGUCCUUUCUCUACAUCCCCACGUGGGGCGGAAACCUCUUCUUCACCAUCUACUUUGCCGUCCUGUGCCUUCCGCAGUUAUGGCUUGGCAUCCGCUAUCGCCAGCCGGGCUUUGCAAUCGGCAUGCUGAUAGGGCUCAUCCUUGAGGCCGUCGGCUACGCUGGCCGCGUGAUGCUGCACAACGAUCCCUUCAACUCCAAUGCUUUCCUGAUUUAUCUCAUCUGCCUGACUAUUGCCCCUGUCUUCAUCAGCGCCAGCAUUUACCUCUCCAUCGUGCGCAUCAUCGGUCUGUACGGCAAGCACCUGUCCUACUUCAAGCCGCGGACCAUUGCACUGAUCUUCAUGACCUCCGAUUUCGUCUCGCUAGUGCUCCAAGCUGCAGGAGGCGCCAUCGCGGACACGUCCGAAGGCGAUGCCAGGCAGACUGGCACGAACAUUAUGGUGGCCGGUUUGUUCCUACAAGCCAUUUCAUUGACCGUGUUCCUGCUGUACCUGGCCUACUUUUAUCUGCAAUGUCGGAGCGGCGGCGUCCUGGACAUGAACCCGGCAAGAACGGCGUGCCGCAGCCGCGGGCUCUUCAAAGUCUUCCUGUUCAGCCUGGUGCUCGCCACCAUCGCCAUCCUCGCACGGUCCAUUUUCCGUGUCGCAGAGCUGUGGCAGGGCUUCUCGGGCGAACUGUGGAACGACGAGGUCGAUUUCAUGGUACUCGACGGAGCCAUGAUUAGUCUGGCCGUGCUUUUACUGACCGUCUUCCACCCGGGUCCCGCCUUUGGUGACCAGUGGCACGCCGCGAACUGGUCGUUCCGAUCCAAGCCCAACAACGACCCCACAUCCGUCUCUGAGUCCAAGCACAGGCGAAGGCGGUCCUCGCACAGCCGACACCCUCGCAAAGGUCCCGAGCUUAAGUGA